AUGGCGGGAGAAGUAGCUGCCAUGCUCGCAUCCGGUUUCGUCGACAUUGCCAAAGAUAAGCUGGGCUCUGCCAUCGCAGAGCAGGGCAGUUUGCUAUGGAACUUCAGCGACGACCUGGAGAACAUGAAGGAUGAUCUUGAGCACAUCUCAGCUGUGCUGGAGGACGCCGAGAGGCGAUCAGUUAUGGAGAAACAGGUGCAGCAAUGGCUGAAGUGGCUCAAUGACGUCGCUUUAGACAUCUCCGACAUGCUUGAAGACUACCAAGACACUAGCGACCAAGCAAACGCAAAGAUGCCAGGAGUUCUCUCAUGGCUGCUAGUGGCAUACAAGAAGAUUGCUAUGGCUAAUAGGAUGAAGAGUUUGAAAGAAAAACUGAGGAAAAUUGAAAAAGAAAUUGCUAUCUUUGACUUCAAAAAGGGCAGUAAUACUAAUAAUGAGCAGCCUUAUGAUAAACGUGAAACAACAUCAUAUUUGCGUGAAGAACCAUUGAUUGGAAGGGACGGAGAAAAGCAGGAAAUCAUAAAGUUGUUAUCUGCAAAUACCAACAACGAUGAGAUAGUGAUUGUCACUAUCUGUGGCCUUGGAGGUAUGGGUAAGAGUACUUUGGCACAACUAGUUUACAAUGAUGUCCAGUUCAAAAUGUAUGAUCAUCGUAUAUGGGUUUAUGUGUCCCAAGACUUCAAUUUGAACAAAAUAGGAAGCUCUAUCAUUUCUCAACUACCAAGCCAAGGAGGUCCACAAAAUAUGGGAAUACAGCAGGUGAUAAACCAAUGCCUUGAAAACCUACUCCUAGGCAAGAAGGUUCUGAUUGUUUUAGAUGACUUAUGGGAGGAAAAGAUGACCGAGUUGGACAAACUGAGAAGAAUGCUUCAGGUCAAGGGCAGUAAGGUAGAUGUCGUAGUAACUACACGCAAGGAACAGAUUGCAAGGAAACUUUCCACCGGUGAACCAUACACGCUACGACAUUUGGAAGAUCAUAUAUGUUGGGAAAUAAUUAAGAGAUCUAGCAUGUUUGAACAGAAACCUAACAAAGAAAAUAUGGAGCAAAUAGGAUUGGAUAUUGCAAAGAAAUGUGGAGGUGUGCCAUUAGCAGCUCAAGCAGUUGGAUCCAUGCUACAAAAAAUAGAUGAUCUGUCUGGAUGGAUUGAAAUAAAUAGCAGUGAUAUCUGGAAAAUAUCUUCUGAAGACAAUGAUGUGCUUCCAUCCUUGAAAUUAAGUUAUGAAAGGAUGCCACCACAGCUCAGGGUAUGCUUUUCCUAUUGUUCCAUAUUCCCGAAAGGCCAUAAUAUUGUCGGAGAUGAUUUGGCUCAACAGUGGAUUGCUCUAGAUUUUACGGAGCAAUCAAAGGCAAAGGAAUAUAUCAAGCAACUUCUGGGAAUGUCCUUUCUUCAUGUUUCAAAGUUGCCCUCGACUUCUCGAGAGCAAGUGGUGAGGUACACCAUGCAUGACCUGGUGCACGACCUGGCAAGAUUAACAAUGGAUGACAAGCUAAUAGAUUUCAACGCACAACAGAGAAAUACACGUGGCCAGAAAUAUUGUCGCUAUUCAUUGCUAAAAAAUUAUGACCAGACAAUAAAGUUGGCAAGUAUUUUGCCUUCCAAGAUUAGGGCACUUCGCUUCUCAGAUAGUGGCGAACUGCAUAUCCAGAGUGGUGCAUUUUCAUUUGCGAACUGUCUGCGCAUUUUGGAUUUCAGUGAAUGCUCAGGUAUAUUGUUGCCAGCUUCAAUUGGCAAACUGAAGCAACUGAGGUGUCUUAUUGCUCCAAGAAUGCAAAAUGAGAGUCUCCCGGAGUGUAUCACUGAGCUAGGAAAACUGCAGUACCUAAAUAUAAAUGGAUCUUCUCAGAUUUCUGCACUGCCAGAAUCAAUUGGCAAGCUUGGAUGUCUGAAAUAUCUAUGUUUGUCUGGUUGUUCUAGUAUAUCGAAACUGCCAGAAUCAUUUGGGGACUUAAAAUGUAUGGUGCAUCUUGACAUGUCAGGCUGUUCUGGGAUAAGGGAACUGGAAGACUGGCUUGGUAAGCUCAGGAAUUUGCAGCAUCUUGACUUAUCUGGAUGCUCAAGUGUAAAAGCAAUACCUGAACCGUUGUGUGGCCUCACACAACUCCAAUAUUUGGACUUAUCAUCUUGUGGAUGCCUUGAUCGGCUACCAGAAGCUAUUGGAAGUCUCAUGGAUUUACAAUAUUUAAACAUGUCAUCCUGUGACAAAAUCAGAGCACUUCCAGAGUCACUGAUGAAGCUCCAAAAUUUGUUGCAUCUAGAUCUGUCAUGCUGCACCAGCAUGCGGUACCUGGGAGGUGUGCGUGGCCUCACCACACUACAGCACCUGAAUAUGUCACGGGUAUUUGAUAUUAGUGUUCAAGAUUUAUCAUAUGUUUUGGCAAACCUCACCAAUCUCAAGUACUUGGGCCUAAGAAAUUCAAUCAUACAUGGCAGGGGUAGUUAUGUCUUCCCUUAUGGGAUCGGUGGCCUUACCAAUCUGGAGCACCUGGACCUAUCUUAUAAUUAUAAUAUUGCAUUUCUUCCAGAAAGUUUUGGUACCCUCAAAAGAUUGCAUACACUGGAUCUUACGGAAUGUUCUGAGCUUAAGUCCCUACCAAAGAGUAUAGGUACACUUGGGCUGAAGACUUUAUUGCUGGAUGGGUGCUCGGAUGAACUGCUGGAUCAGGCCAGUUCAGUGAUAAAUUAUUCACUAAUAUUACCAGUCUUCAGGGUUCGUGCUGAUGACAAUGGUUGCAGCAAUCUUCCUCUGCUCGAGGGCGCCCAUGUCAGUGAGUUAAGAAUACGUUGUCUUGAAAAUGUAAGGUCUCUAGAAGAAGCAACUAAAGUUAAGUUGUCAGGCAAACAUAAUCUGUCCAAGUUAACAUUGGCUUGGUCGACUGAGCGUGCGGAACAAAUUUUGAAGGACAAAGAUUUGUUGGGAGAACUAGUGCCACCAAAAGGCCUGAAGCACAUGCAUCUCCAAGGUUACAACUGUACACGCUUUCCAGUCUGGCUUAUGGAUAUUACUUUUUAUGUCACAAACCUUGUUUAUAUUCGACUGCAAGAUCUGCCUACGUGUAGCAACCUGCCACCACUUGGACAGUUACGGCACCUAGAAAACCUGGAGCUCUUCAAUUUGCCUCGCAUUAAAAGAAUCGACAGGGAAUUUUGCGGUGGCAAAGGAGCAUUCCGUCGAUUGACAUCCUUCAAAGUCAUAGAGAUGAUAGGCUUGAAGGAGUGGAACACAACAUACUCUGUUGAGGAGGGUGUGGAGGAGUUCAUGUUCCCUGUGCUGGACCGUCUGCAGAUUCUAUACUGUCCAAGGUUGAGGUUGAAGCCAUGCCCACCAACAUUUCGUGAUUGCAUUAUAUAUGAGAGCGACCAAGUUAUUUCAUCAUUGGAGGAGGUAGACAGAACCAGUCAUCACUGCUCUUCCUCUAGUGGGGCCAUCAAAUUGGGUUUGAAACUUUUUGGCUACUCCUGCAUAAGGCUAUUUCACCACUUCCCUCUACUCCGAGAGUUGACAGUCUCUGGAGAUUACCUGACAAACGUGCCGGAAAGCAUGCGGCACCUCACUUCCCUUGAGUCGUUGACGUUGCGAGGCUGCGAUAGCAUAUCCGCACUUCCUGAGUGGCUGGGCGACCUCUCCUCUCUAAAAAGCCUUGUCAUCAUUGGCUGCUAUAGCAUCAAAUCGUUGCCUCCAUGUAUACAGCACCUCCCCAAACUUCAGAAGCUAGAGAUUAGAUACAACCUGGAACUGAAGGAGUGGUGUGAAUCGGAAGACAACAAGGCGAAUCUGGCUCACAUAAACGUUGUACUAUUAAUGUACUAUGCAUUGUACAGAUUUUUUUGGCCAAAAAAUAAUUUCCGUCCUUCCAACAGAGUUGGAACGAUAGCUAAUCAGUACACACUCUGCAGGUUUUCGAGGAAGAGGAAGAGAAAGAGGCGGAAGAGGAGAGAGGAAGAGGAAGAGGUGCCUGACGUCGCAGCUGUGCAUGAGCCGGGCCCUGAGCAGCCAGUGACUGGCCUGGUGAUUGACACCAUCGCGCCAGUCCGUAAACGUGAUGAUGAUGUGGCAAGUGCGUUUGCCACCCUGGCUUUGGACGGCCCCCUAGUUUUCUCUCUGGGUGCCCCUACUCAUAAAGAACAUGAGAGCCAGGCACGUGACAAUGAGAACCUCGUCGAGGUUGCUCCUGCCUGCGGUGCCACCGAAGAGGAGCAGGCUAGUCUCUCAGGGCUACCAGAAGGUAUUGGCAGCCUAGUUGAUCUACGACAUUUAUACAUGUCAGGCUGUGAACAAAUCAGAGAACUGCAAGAGUCACUCAUGAAGUUCCAAAGUUUGUCGCAUCUAAAUUUGUCAUGUUGCAGGCGCAUACGGAGAGGGUCACUGGCAGGUGUGCGUGGCCUAACCGCACUGCAACACCUGGAAAUUUCACGUUUAUGGCAGCACCUCCCCAAACUUCAGAAGCUAGAGAUUACAUCCAACCAGGAACUGAAGGAGUGGUGUGAAUCGGAAGAGAACAAGGCGAAUCUAGCUCACAUAAACGUUGUACCUUCAACAUUUUCGUAA